AAAAAAUCUACAACAUCAUAACAGACAACACAAUUUUUAUAUUAAAGGCCAACACGCAUAUUCACCGUUUCACUAUUACACUCAUGUUGGCCACACACACCGAACACACACACUCACACAAUUUGGGCGUAUGUCUUAAUAACUGGUCGCCAGGACAUCAUAAUACUAUGCCAGGAAGGACUUUUCCACCUUUACCCGUUAGACAUCAUUCACCGCCCCCCGUUGAUGAUCGACCGAGCACACUUAGCCAUUCAACGAAUACUCCUAGAUUUAAUUUAAAUGAAUUGAUAUUCAAAUUGAAGAAUUUUCGUCGUAGCAAACAGCAACGUUUGCCCCUCAUCGAGGAUGAUAUAACCCAAUUGUGUGCCGUAGCACGUGAAUUAUUUAUGGAGCAACCCAUGUUGCUGGAAAUAAAAGCACCUGUUCGUGUCGUUGGGGAUUUACACGGGCAAUUUCAUGAUCUUCUCAAGAUACUCGAUCAUUGUGGAUAUCCACCACAGGUUAGUUAUCUAUUUCUCGGGGAUUAUGUGGAUCGUGGCAAGAAUUCUGUGGAAACUAUAACUCUUCUGUUGGCUCUGAAAGUGCGUCAUCCGCUGAAUGUGCAUUUACUGCGCGGUAAUCACGAAUCGCAGUCGGUGAAUAGAGUCUAUGGCUUUUUUGAUGAAUGCAAACGUCGGUAUACAGUGAAAUUGUGGAAAACCUUUGUCGAUUGUUAUAAUUGUAUGCCAGUGGCAGCUGUUAUAUCGCAACGAAUUUUCUGUUGUCAUGGUGGUUUGAGUCCACAGCUCAAGGAUCUAAGUGACAUACGCUCCAUUCAGCGACCAGUCGAUGUUCCGGAAACAGGAUUACUUUGCGAUCUACUGUGGAGUGAUCCUGAUCGUUACGGCUUUGGCUGGUCGCCGAGUGAUCGAGGCGUAAGUUAUCUCUAUGGUCGAGAUGUGCUCGAGAAAUUCUUACAGAAAUAUGAUUUCGAUUUAGUAUGCCGUGCCCAUCAGGUAGUUGAAGAUGGUUAUGAAUUUUUUGCAAAACGACAAUUGGUCACAAUAUUCUCAGCACCCAAUUAUUGUGGCCUCUAUGAUAAUGCUGGGGCUUCAAUGGGUGUUGAUAAGGAUUUAAUUAUCACGUUCGAUGUGCUAAAGCCAUCAGAACGUAAAUCACAUAUCAGAACAUCACCCACACCACCCGAAAGUCCGAACUAA